AGGCUCAGAUGGGCGAGCCAAGUGGGUUCGGCGCACGGCUGCAGCAGGAGCUUAUCCGCCCGCCCUCUGUCGCGCCUGGGCCCGCGCCAUCUGGCGGGCCGCGCCGGCUGCCGCCCGCAGAGCCUCGGCGAGCUAGAUCGCGGGCUGGGGCUGAUCUCCGGGGCUGGGGCCGUCGCUACCAGCCAGCGCCGACGACGGCGUCGCGCGGCCUCAGCUUCGCGGCGCGCCCGCACAGGUGACGAGGACAGCGGGGAGAUCCACUUCGCGACGAGGGCGGCCAGGGCGAUCGGGAGGCAAGAUAUCCGCUUUGCCAGAGCUGGGCACGGCACCGAAAUGCAAGCGCGCUCGGCGCGAUCGCAGCGGCGCGGUGGGAGAGCUGAAACACCGCACUUGAGGUGACGCGAGCCCUGGCUUCCUUCGGCGUGGGGCGGCCGGCCCCAAGACGCUGGGGCGCUAUCGCAAGGCCGCGGGCGGUUUCACUGCAUGGGCUAGGCGGCGCAACUUUCCUUUGUCACCACCGAGGGCCUUUGCACGCACAAUGGAAAGAUUCUGUGAGUCCCUCGCGCUUGCUGGUUGCAGUCCUGCUGCGGGGCGGUCUGUGGUCUACGCCGACAACCGCAGACAAGCGCUCGUGGAUCUCGACCCCGUGGCUGAGGCUUUGAAGGGCUGGUCCAAGCUGAUGCGCAAGUUCGCUGUCAAGCCAUGCCCUGAGGAAGUUAUCUUUAUAGCCCUCCACUGGCUAGCUGAGAACGACGGGCUGGAGGCGGCCGCUGCAGGUACACUGCAGUCCGACCUCUACGCGAGGCCUUCGGGGAUCUUUGACUUGCGCCGAGAAGGCGCCGUCGCUCCAUCAGCGAGAGCGGGGGCCGCCCACCGAAAGUGGGCCAUCGCUUCUGGCUCUUCGGGCCAGGGCAAGCGCACCAAGACUGGCAAUGUCGAUGAGCGCGUGGUCUGUGGCACUCGAUCGAGAGAAUGGUUGGUGGAGGUCUUGUCCAUGCUGUAUCGCGCCACUGCCCAGGGGGCCCCACGUUUUCCCAAGUUGACGCUGGCCGACAACGGGAAAGGGUUCCAGCGGUAAGUCAAAUUUUUGGGUUUGACAUUGACGGCACUGAGUCUGACCCCGCACGUGCUGAGACAUUCGGG